UCUGCAGCCCCCCUCCCUCACAGAUGCACCUGUCUGACACAAUGCCCCACUAUCAGCCCACUGUUAUUAAACCAGCAGCUCUUCUGCAUCACUGAAACCCCCCAGUCAUUGAUCUGAACCUCCGCACGGAUCAGGUGAGACCAGCUUGACCACAGGUUACAGGACCGGACCUGCAGGACAAAGGCCACUCUGUGGGGACCCCCCCACUCCCACACACAAACCCCAGUGUAGGAAUCAGUGUGUGUUUAAAGCCGCAGAUACCUGAACGGAAUCAAACCACCGUAAGCUGCUGCUCAGGUGUCACACAAUGACUAAUUAGAGGAUCUUUUGGGGGAGUGUCUGUUCCCCCCUCCCAGCUCCGCCUGAUAAAGUCACUUUUCAGAGCUGAGGCUUUACUUUGAGGAAACAAGGCGACGGAACAAACUCCACCUGCUGCAGCCUGCGCCUCCAAACCAGACAUAAAUUAUGAUUCUGAUGUGGAUUUUGAGUCUAUCAGCAUCUUCAAGUGCUCUGUCCCCCAUCUUCUGCCCGGAGCCGGAGGGCAGCAGUGGACUCGCGGGUCACAUGACGGAUUGUCUGGGCCUGCGCUUCACCUGGCUGCACGCCAUCUUCCAUAAUUUCCCCUCUCUGCUGAACUUUGCAUCCAAGCUCCGCUGUGCUUCGGGGAUUUGCCCACGUGACCUGGAAGAUUACGGCUGCUCCUGCAGAUAUGCGGCGCGUGGAAACCCCGUGGAUCCUCUGGAUGUAUGCUGCGCGAACCACAGAUUGUGUUAUGAGAACGCUGCCCCCUGUAGGCUGGAGCUGCCUCCAGCGCCGUACAACUUCAGCUGUUCUGCAGCAAACAGCAGCUGUGACGUUGGUGACACGUGUCAGCAGAAGUUCUGUGAAUGUGACCAGGCCGCCAUCGCCUGUCUCACUCUGAGCCACUACAACGCCUCUCUGAGAGGCUUUGCUGAGUCAGCGUGCUUUGUUGCAAAUCACUCAGAUUGGCUCAGCGGCGCCACGGAGACUGGCGAGCUCCUCACAGGAGCAGAUGCUUUUCCUGCAGGAAACGACUCAACAGGGGAUUUCUUCUCCAAUUCGUCCCUCCUGGCUGCAGCAGGAGAGAACGACUUCCUGAUGAACACAACAUCAUUGAACCGCAGUGAUGCGAGUGAUGCCAUCACUCCACCACCAGGAGCGCCGUUCCUGCCGCCGCAUGCUGAGGAGCUUGAUGAAGAGGUGGAAGACAUGACACAAAUGAGUCUCACUGCUGCAGGGCUGAAUGAAACGGGUGUGGAGGAGGCGCUGGAGCCGGAGGAGUUGGAGGAGGAGCGGACGGGUCCGAGUGUUUCUGCUGUCGGUUCCGAUCCAGGAUUUCCCAUGGGGUCACCUCUGACCCUGGCUGAACCUCAGAUCAGCCCCAAGAUAAAAGUCUCGGCUCGAAAGAUCCACCCAGAGUCUUCUGAAGAAGAUGAGGCAGAGGAUGCUGCUGAUGAGGAGAAAAAUCAAAGUGAAACAUCUGAUGAAGGCUCUCCAACCUCUUCAUCUCCAACCGUCCACCCAUCCACACAAAGAGGAGAAACCUUCAAGCCUCGCUCUGAGGCCACGCCCAUCAGAACCACCAUGUGGGUAGCCAAGAUGGAGGCGGGGUCUGAGGAGCUGCUGGAGAACGCCACGGCUGCAGGAGUGGAUGGGGCUCAGAGGAGGACGGUGCCGUUCUUCGCCUGGACCCUGCUGGACUCGGCUGGUCUGACUGACGGGCAGCAGCCGAACGUUGCAGAGUGCAGCCUCUCCUUCAGCGUGUCCGGCAGCGAUGGGCGGAGCAGGAAGGAGAUGCCAGCGCUCGGGCAGAUGCUGCACUGCCUGACAGGGCGCUGUCCGCAGGAGUACGAGAUGUACGGCUGCUACUGCGGGCGGGAGGGGGCGGGGCAACCCGUGGACCGCCUGGACAGGUGCUGCUUCUUCCAUCACUGCUGCCUGAAGCAGAUCAGCUCUAUGGGCUGCAGAGUGGAGAGGAGCCGGAGUGUUCAGGUCUCCUGUGAGGAGCACAAACCCCGCUGUCAGGGCGCCACCCUGUGUGACAAGCUGCAGUGUGUGUGCGACAAAACCACAGCAGAGUGCAUGGCGGCGGCUCACUUCAACCACAGGCCGGCCCCGCAGCAGUGCCGGGGGCCCAGCCCCCCCUGCCGGCGGCCCAGCAGACCCCCAAAACCUGUGCAGGAACCCCCUGAGUCCAGUGAGGAGCAGCAGCAGAGCGCCAGGCCAGAGGACCCCACGAGUCCACCUGUGCAGUCCCCCCACAGUGAAGAGGAUUCGGACCAAAGGGAAGAAGUUGAAUUGUGGGUUGAAGAAACUCCCCCUAUUUCCAUCGAGGAGAGCAGAGAACAGCCCGCUCUCGACGGGAUUCAGACCCACAACCAAAGACCAGCAGAGGAGGAAGAGGAGGAGGAAGAGGAAGAGGAAGAAGAAGAAUUUUAGAUCAUCUUCAGUCUUUCAGCAGCUGUGAGAUUUGAACCAGUUUCAAAACGUGACCACAGGUGCUGAAGAAGAACGACGAAGGUCCAACUCCACAAAAACAUUUUAUUUGAUCUCUCCAACAUGAACGUACAGACAGGAAGCUUCUUCUGAUGUGGCUCAAAAUCAUUUUCCCUUUAGUGUGGCGUGUGUGCCAGCAGAGCGUGAACAACAGCUGCAGCAGCCAUUCGCAUUAGACAAGAAGCGGACAAACAUCACGACAAACAUGAAAAAGCUGGUUUCUUUUCAUUUAGUCUCCUAAACAUUCAAAAUAAACACUUUUUUAAAAAACAGGCUGGUUUGUGUUGAUGUGUUUGUUCUGAUGUGUAGCAGAUAUGAGGUGAUCCAUCACUAUUUUCGAUGAAAACAACUUUUUUUGCAGAUGGUGUUUCAGUGAAUCUUGGAGCUAAAAUUAGCACAUUGCACAGAUUUCAAAAAAUAGACUCUGACUACAGAUAUACAUUAAAACUGAUUCAGUUUCAUCCACAGAAUGAGAAAAUGCUCUACGAGUUUAAAAAAAA